AUGAAGUCUUCAAGAAGCCUCUACAUCAUGUGCCACAUCCCAGUCUUCUGCUGGAUCUCAGCCAGUGUUCUAGAGAGAAUGUUGGGUGAAGCAGAGAAUGGAGAGAUCCCCAAGACUCUGACUCAAAUGUUCACACACUUCCUGAUCUUUCAGAUCAAACACAAGGACCAAAAGUACCAUCAGAAAUGUGACCCUGAUCCACGGAAGACCAGAGAGAGUAUCCUGGCACUGGGAAAACUGGCUUUCGAACAGCUGGAGAAAGGAAACCUGAUCUUCUAUGAGGAAGACCUGAGAGAGUGUGGCAUUGAUGUCAGAGAAGCGUCGGUGUAUUCAGGAGUGUGUACCCAAAUCUUCAGAGAGGAGUUUGGGCUUCACCUGGGGAAGGUGUUCAGCUUUGUACAUCUGAGUGUUCAGGAGUUUCUGGCUGCUUUAAACGCAUUUCUCUCCUUCAUCAGCAGAAAUGUAACAGAACAACAAACCACUAAUCUGUCUGAUCUUUUCACCAAGUCCAACAUGUGUGAUUUCCUCAGGAGCGCAGUGGACAAGGCCUUACAGAGUGAGAAUGGACACCUGGACCUGUUCCUCCGCUUCCUUCUGGGUCUCUCACUGGAGUCCAAUCAGACUCUCUUACGAGACCUAAUGCCCCAGACAGGAAGCAGCUCUCUCAGCAAACAGGAAACAGUCAAGUACAUCAAGAAGAAGAUCAGGAAGAAUCCAUCUCCAGAGAAAUCCAUCAGUCUGUUCCACUGUCUGAAUGAACUGAAUGAUCAUUCUCUAGUGCAGGAAGUACAAACUUACCUGAAUAAAACCUGGUGCCCCCGUCUCAGUGGAUUCAGACUCUCUCCUGCUCAGUGGUCAGCUCUGGUGUUUGUGUUACUGACCUCAGAACAGCAGCUGGAUGAGAUUAAUUUGAGUAAAUAUGACCAAUCAGAGGAAUGUCUUCUGAGGCUGCUGCCAGUGGUCAAAGCCUCCAGAAAAGCUGUUCUGCAUAUGUGUAAUCUGACAGAGAAAAGCUGUAGAGUUCUGUCCUCAGUUCUCAGCUCAAACUCCUCCAGACUGAGAGAACUGGACCUGAAUGACAAUAAACUGCAGGAAUCAGGAGUGAAGCUGCUCUCUGCUGGACUGGAGACUCCACACUGUAAACUGGAGAAACUGGAGCUGUGUGAGUGUAAUCUGACAGAGGAAAGCUGUAGAGCUCUGUCCUCAGUUCUCAGCUCAAACUCCUCCAGUCUGAGAGAACUGGACUUGAGUUACAAUAAACUGCAGGAAUCAGGAGUGAAGCUGCUCUCUGAUCUGCUGAAGGAUCCACACUGUACACUGAAGACACUGCACAUUUAUGGGAACACACCCCGCUUUGAGAUUUUUUCCACGGUUCAGACCAGUCCUUCAUUUCCUCAAUCAUUCUUCCUCAGACAGUGAAUGAACACAGCAGCUUUCCAGAAAUAAAUACAUUCAGGAUAUAAAUUGUAAAUUGAUGAAUUUAUCCCUAAUGAUAACUGCAGUUAGGUUAAAUGUGUGUGUGUUUGUGUGUGUGUAUAAAGAGGGAAACAGACUGAGAGAGUGUUAUAUGUAUCUACACUUAUAAAUGUGCCUUCUUCCUCGCUAAGUUCACAACAUGCCAGGACUUUUUUACUCUGUAGUUAAUCUAGACAGCACCAUCUUUACUGCUGCUUUGUAAAUAAAAUGUUACAUGUACAACAGCAUCAUGAUUUAAUGUGACAUUAUUUAGAUUAAUUGAAAAACAGCAAUGAAAAACUUGCAUUUACUGCAUAUAAACCUUUCAUUCUGUGCAAAUUUGCAUGUGUUUAUAUAUUCAUCAACAGUUUGUGGAAUAAAACAAAUAAAAGUGUGUGUGUGUGUGUGUGUGUGUGUGUGCGCGCACAAAGACCAAUGAGCCAUAACAU